GAAAUCGCCCUGGUGGAGCGAGGACGCGGUGUGAGGAUGCGCCCUAGCUAGAGGAGCAGUUUCCCCCAAAGCGGCCAAGAACCAGGCACACCGGGCGGCCAGACCUGCUGGUCAGUCAGGGAUAGGUCGAGCCCGGGCUCCUCGCGUAGGUGUCGGGACGGGGCGGGAAGCCCUGUGCCAGGUGUCAAGCCACUGAGUGAAGGGAGAAGGGUCCCCGGGGAAGGAAAGCGAUAGGACAGCUGCAGAAGUGCUAGGAGCGCGAAGGUACCAGGGCAGCAGCUUCCCGCCGCCUCCAACCGGGCAGCAGGCGGAACAGCCGGGGGAGGAGCAACAGCUGCUGAAUUCGCCAACUAGAGGAGGGAGAGGCGGAGCUUGGGUCCCUGUAGCAGCCGAAGGCGCAGCCUGGACUGUAGUUUCCCGGGAGAGAGGAGAGCAGGAACAGGAGCGGAGCGCAGUCCUCGGAGCCUUAGCUCCAGCAUCCCGCCAGGGGUUGCAGGUGUGUGGGAGGCUUGAAACUAUUCCAACAUGGCUUUCCUUGGAUUCUUCUCUUUGCUGGUGCUGCAAAGUUUGGCCUUAGGGACCACUUUCACGGAUGAAACUAUUACUGAGUUUUCAGUGAAUAUGUACAACCAUCUUCGAGCCACUGGGGAAGAUGAAAAUAUUCUCUUCUCUCCAUUGAGUGUCACCCUUGCAAUGGGAAUGCUGGAACUUGGGGCCCAAGGGUCUACCCUGAAAGAAAUCCGUCAUUCAAUGGGAUAUGAGAGUCUGAAAAGUGGUGAAGAAUUUUCUUUCCUGAAGGAUCUUUCUCACAUGGUAACUGCUGAAGAAAGCCAGUAUGUGAUGAAAAUUGCCAAUUCCCUCUUUGUGCAAAAUGGAUUUCAUGUCAAUGAUGAGUUUUUGCAAAUGCUGAAAAAGUACUUUAAUGCAGAAGUAAAUCAUGUGGACUUCAGCCAAAAUGUAGCUGUGGCCAACUAUAUCAAUAAAUGGGUGGAGAAUAACACAAAUAGUCUUUUGAAAGAUUUGCUAUCCCCAACGGAUUUUGAUGCUGUCACUCAUCUGGCCCUCAUCAAUGCUGUUUAUUUUAAGGGAAACUGGAAGUCACAAUUCAGACCUGAAAAUACCAGAACGUUUUCCUUCACUAAAGAUGAUGAAAGUGAAGUCCAAAUUCCAAUGAUGUAUCAACAAGGAGAAUUUUAUUAUGGGGAAUUUAGUGAUGGCUCCAAUGAAGCUGGUGGUAUCUACCAAGUCCUGGAAAUACCCUAUGAGGGAGAUGAGAUAAGUAUGAUGCUGGUAUUGUCCAGACAGGAAGUUCCACUGGCCACCCUGGAGCCCUUGGUCAAAGCACAGCUCCUUGAAGAAUGGGCCAACUCUGUGAAGAAGCAAAAAGUGGAAGUGUACCUGCCCAGGUUCACAGUGGAACAAGAAGUUGAUUUAAAAAAUGUUUUGAAGGCUCUUGGAAUAACUGAAGUUUUCAUCAAAAAUGCAAACUUGACGGCCUUGUCUGAUAACAAAGAGAUUUUCCUUUCCAAAGCAAUUCACAAGUCCUUCAUAGAGGUUAAUGAAGAAGGAUCAGAAGCCGCUGCCGCUUCAGGAAUGAUUGCAAUUAGCAGGAUGGCUGUGCUAUAUCCUCAAGUUAUUGUCGAUCAUCCAUUUUUCUUUCUCAUCAGGAACAGGAGAUCAGGUACAAUUCUAUUCAUGGGACGAGUCAUGCAUCCUGAAACCAUGAACACAAGUGGACAUGAUUUUGAGGAACUUUAAAUUAUUUUAGUUGAAUAACAAGGAAGAUAGUAUCUAAGCACAUUAUGUUUGCAACUAGUAUAUAUUUGAGACUUGUGCUUUACAAUGUAUCUUAAGAUAAUAUUUAAAAUAGCUUAGAUAAAAACAAUGUAUGUAAAUUGUAGGCCAACUUGUCAAGGAAUGUUAUCAGUAUUAUUGAAGUAAUAGUCCCAUCAUGUCAUUGUGUUUGUUGUGCUAGUAUUUAAAAUAAAAGUCCAUAGUGAACAUGUGAACA